UAACGUAUAAAAAGCUAGUUUUUUUCUCCCAUUCGUGUAGAUUCAUGAACAAUCCGUGAACAGAUCCUUAGAUUUUCUGUUUCAUAAGGCAUCUUUUGAUUUUUUUUUUUUUUUAGAUUUGUCUCCUGCCUUGCUUCCAUUUCUACGUUUUUUGUAAUUAUUCUAUUUGUUGCCAUUUGUCUGGUUAUCAAUUUUUUUCUGAAAAUUUUAUAUUUUUCUUUAUCAGAAUAUAUAGUUUCAUAAGAUUUUCUCCUUUUUAGAACCUACUGUUCUAUGAUUGGUCAAGGCAAUUGCUAAAUAUUUCUAGACAGUAAAGCUAUCUGGGAGUGGAGCCUUCAUCACUAAGAAACCUGAACUCAUCUGAAAUUUGUUUAAAAGCAAACUAUAAAACAUCAUAAAAGAUGGAGGAGAUGUCACCUGAUAAUAUACACGGGCUCAUUUUAGCUGUGUCUUCCAGUAUAUUCAUCGGUUCUAGCUUCAUCAUCAAGAAAAAAGGUCUCAAGAAGGCUGGUGUCAGCGGACCCAGAGCAGGUGAAGGAGGGUAUGGGUACUUAUGUGAACCUUGGUGGUGGGCUGGGAUGAUAACUAUGAUUGUUGGGGAGAUAGCAAACUUUGCAGCUUAUGCAUUUGCACCUGCUAUUCUAGUGACACCUUUGGGAGCGUUAAGUAUUAUUUUCAGUUCAGUGCUUGCACAUUUUAUUUUGCAAGAGAAGUUGCAUAUGUUUGGUAUACUUGGCUGCGUCCUCUGUGUUGUUGGAUCCACAACGAUUGUCCUACAUGCACCCCACGAGCAGGACAUUGAAUCAGUCAAGCAAGUAUGGUACCUUGCUACCGAACCAGGCUUCCUUGCAUACUCUGCUGUGGUGAUAGUUGUGGUACUUGCUCUGAUCUUCUACUACGAGCCGCGUUAUGGGAAGACGCAUAUGAUAGUAUACGUUGGGAUUUGCUCAUUAAUGGGUUCGCUUACUGUGAUGAGUGUUAAAGCUGUGGCCAUCGCCAUAAAGCUGACGUUUUCCGGGAUGAACCAGUUCAAGUACUUCCACGCAUGGAUCUUCAUCAUAGUAGUGACCAUAUGUUGCCUUUUGCAAAUCAACUACUUGAACAAGGCUCUGGAUAAUUUCAACACCGCAGUCAUAUCUCCAGUGUACUAUGUUAUGUUUACAACAUUCACCAUCUUAGCUAGUAUGAUCAUGUUCAAGGACUGGGCUUCUCAGAGCGGAUUGCAAAUUGCCACCGAGCUAUGUGGCUUUGUGACCAUUUUAUCAGGAACAUUUCUUCUCCACAAGACAAAAGACAUGGGAAACAGUGCCAGCAUACGUGGCGCCACGUCCCAGUCUCCUAGAGAGACUCCUGUGUUUAUCAACUCAGGUUCCACUCGCAGUUCAAAUUCCAAUCUUUAGCCUUUUGAUUCUACAAUCCUACGGCUAAGAUGGUAGAUCAUCUGAUGCCUUUGAACGAGGCAACAUAAGUAACAAAAGGCCUCAAAGAGAGCUUUUUUGAAAGAAAAAAAAAAAGAAAAAACAGAGCAAAUGGGUUUGAAAGGUAUACUCUGUUUUUGAGGAGGGGAAGGUUUAGAGAAAAAAUUGUUAGGGACAAUAUUUGAUUAAUUGCUUAACGUUCUUUUUAUCUAAAUUUGUUUCUCAUAUGAGAUAUAUGAAGUUUUUCAACACAGAAUUCUUAACAGUUUCAUUUUUUCCUUGUCAUACUCUUCA